CCAAUCCAGACCCUAGCACGAGUGCACCCAUGAUGAGCGUGAAGGGGGGCGCGCGCGCGCUGGCCGAGAGCGCGCAGAAAGCAGCUACGCAGGAGAGGGGCAGAAGCCGAAUGGUGGAGCUGAAGAUGGCGGAUGGAGACAGCGGGAGUGAGCGCGGUGGUAGUAGCGGUGGAGGAGGCGGAGGAGGUGGAGGUGGAGGCGGAGGUGGAGGUGGAGGUGGCUUCCAACACUUCCAGCGGGACCAGGACACCCAGGAGCUGGCGUCCAAGCGCCUCGACAUCCAGAACAAGCGCUUCUAUCUGGACGUCAAGCAAAACAGCAAGGGCAGGUUCAUCAAAAUCGCCGAAGUCGGGGCCGGGGGCUCCAAGAGUCGCCUGACCCUGUCCCUGUCGGUGGCGGCGGAGUUCCGGGACUACCUCGGGGACUUCAUCGAGCACUACGCCCAACUGGGGCCUAGCAGUCCGGAGCAGAUAGCGCAGGCCACCGCGGGUGAGGACGGCGGGCCCAGGCGCGCUCUGAAGAGCGAGUUCCUCGUCCGGGAGAACCGCAAAUACUACCUGGACUUAAAGGAGAACCAGCGCGGGAGGUUCCUGCGCAUCCGGCAGACCGUGAACCGCGGACCGGGUUUUGGAGUUGGGGGCCCCGCGGGCGGCAUGCUGUCCGGCCAGACCAUAGCCCUUCCGGCCCAGGGGCUCAUAGAGUUCAGAGACGCCCUCGCUAAGCUCAUAGACGACUACGGGGGAGACGACGAGGAGCUGGCAGGGGGCACGGCCGCAGGGGGGUACAGCGAGCUCCCCGAGGGCACCUCCAUCAUGGUGGACUCCAAGCGCUUCUUUUUCGACGUGGGCUCCAACAAAUACGGGGUGUUCCUGCGCGUGAGCGAGGUGAAGCCCAGCUACAGGAACUCUAUCACCAUCCCGUUCAAAGCCUGGGGCAAAUUCGGCGGCGCGUUCAGCAGAUACGCCGAGGAGAUGAAGGAGAUCCAGGAGAGGCAGAGGGAUAAGAUGUACGAGAGGAGGGACGAGUCCGAGGGGGACGACGUGGACGACGACUGAUGAAAUUAAAAAAAAAAUGAAACAGCUGUUAGUCCAGUCACACGACACAUCUGCGGUAUAGGGGGUAUUUUUGCGUAAAAGAGGAAAAAAAAGCAGAAAGUGCAUGACAAAUCGUGCUGUAAUAGCCUACUAAAGUUUCGUGGCGUUAAAAAAACAAAAACAAAAAAUAAAUAAAUAAAGAAAGAGUACAUGUGCAGGGAAUUAUUGGUGUAUUAUCCUAAAGUUUGUAGGUUUGAAGGUCGGAGGGAUUGUGUGAAUCUCUGAAAGUGGGGAGAAAAAAAAAAAAAAAGAGGACUAAGUGUGAAAUGAGAUAUCUCAUUGGGGGAGGGAAGAAAAAAGAUUGAUUUAUUGUAAAAAAAAAGAAAAAGAAAUAGGAAAGAGAGAACCUACUAAAACCAGCAAAUUGGUUUUUAUAACAGACAAAAAAAAAAAAUGAAGCCAAUGAAUGCUUUUCCUAUUUGCAACAUAGUUUAUAUUUAAACGAGUCAGGAGUCAACCUGUUUAAGACGUUUUCCUUGCUCCAGUUUAAGGAGAGAGAGAACUAGCAUCCAUUGUAAUCCUGUUCCGGUCCAGGUCUCUACUCAGUGGGCAGAUUUGGGAGAUUUUUUGCAAGUCAGUCAGACGAACCACGAGAGGAAUGUAUAGAAAAAUCUGCCGUCACUCUGUGGAUGUUAAGCACUCAGCGUAGCAGCGGAUUCAGAGUAAAGGGAGCAUUGCAGCAGCAUGCAUGUUAAUCGGAAACAUUACCCAAAAUAUAAAGGGGGGGGGGGGGGGAAGUUACUGAGAGGAUUAUCUUCUUUUUAAAGCCCGAACAACAAGGGCCUUGUGGACUAAACUUAACGCUUUGACUCCAGUAGUCAGUUACAGUGCGGAUCAGCUGGGUUUUUAUGUUAUACAUACAAUCUCGAGCAGUGUUUUUCAAAGCAUAGUUCAUGUUGUUUUUCGGUAAUUUUCCUCACGCCAGAGCAUCCCUGGUGUUUGAGAACAGCAGCUUGGGAAGCCAACGAGUGGGGAGAGGACUGUCUUUGGUACCCCCACCCACCCACCACCCACCACCACCCACCAGGGACAACACACAGAUAAAUACACACGGGACUUUUGAAGAUCAUUUGCUCCCACGUGUCACUACACAAGGGUCCAAAUAUCUGGCUUUUCGGACGAGAGCGCUGCAUCAGAUACAGUGAAGCUUCUCUGGCCUGCAAGCUCUGCCGGACUGCAGAGCGUCAGAGGUUGUUUUUUUUUUUCCCAUCAUCCUCUCUGUUCCCGGCCAGAGUUGGACCGACGGCCGUCUCGACCAGCCACGGGCUGUUUUUAUCUGACGUAGCUUCCAUCAUCCAACACCUGAAGACCCUGGACAGAAACACAUUGAUGGAUGUUCUUGUUUUUGUUUUUUUUGUUUUUUUGUUUUUGUUUUUCAAAAAGAGAAACUAUAUUGAAAUGAAAUUCUACUUACAGGAAACAUAUUACCAAACAAACCAGCAAAAGAUAUUUUGAAAUACUUAUAAACGAAAGUGUAUUGUGUAAAGGAACUUCCAAGUCUAAAAAUUAUAAUAAAAAAAA